AAAGGUCAGUCAGUGAGUUGAGUCCACUGAGGCAGGUGCACAUUUAAAGGGCACUAGUGAGACCUCCGGUCGUGAGUGUAACGUGUGCCAAUGGGGUGCGAGCAGCUAAUUUAGAGUGACCCUGCUGGUGUUAAAAUGGACACAAGAACCAGAAACAAAAGGAAGUAUGUUAGGAUUUUGUGGGAUGAUACGAGUCGCGGAAGUUCGCAUUAUGUUCCUUUAUCUUCCAUACCUGGAUAUGCCCAACUAAAAGCCAAAAGUAGGGUUCGCAUCAAGUACGGAAAAACUGUCUGGACCGGGACUGUGUGCCAGUCAAGAAAAAGCUUGGCAGCUGAGAGUCUUCUGGGAGACGAACCUGAUGUGCACACCGCUUCAAGAGCCACCACUUCAGGAAUGACGCGUGCGACUACGGCGCCGCCCGUGCCGGGGCUGGCCCCUGUGACAGGACCGCCGCCCGUGCCGGUGCUGGCCCCCGCGGCCGAGGCACCGUCCGUGCCGGGGCUGGCCCCUGUGACAGGACCGCCGCCCGUGCCGGUGCUGGCCCCCGCGGCCGAGGCGCCGCCCGUGCCGGGGCUGGCCCCUGUGACAGGACCGCCGCCCGUGCCGGUGCUGGUCCCCGCGGCCGAGGCACCGUCCGUGCCGGGGCUGGCCCCUGUGACAGGACCGCCGCCCGUGCCGGUGCUGGUCCCGGUGCGGAAGAGGACGAGGGAAUGGUAUCUCCCGUCAGACCGGAGGAAAAUCAAGGUGUGCAAGGGAUAUUUCCUUACCUCACUGGGGAUGAAACCUACCAACGACACGCCGGUGCGGAAUGCGCUGGAAAGGGAAGGCAUGACGGCGGUUGCACCCAAGGACAGACGAGGUGACAGCGCAGCAGCCAACAAGUGUGACCGCGAGGCCAUAAAGGAGCAUAUCAUGUCCUUCGAGCCCGCAGUGCCGCAUUAUAGAUACCUCCAUGCGCCGAACAGAAGGUAUCUUCCGCCCGAACUGUCUGUAUGCAAGAUGUACAGGGACUUUAAAGCCAGUCGUGAGAGUGCAUGUUCUUUUGAAACGUACCGGAAGGUCGUCAAGGACCUCAACAUCGGCUUUACGCACCUGUCCGGGGAGGAAUGUGAGACCUGCAAGCUGCACGCGGUACACAAAGGAGAGUGCAGCGAGACGGAAGGCGACGGCGGAUGCGAGGUCUGCACAAGACACAGAGGUCACAUGGCACAGGCUCGACGAGCAAGACAGGAAUAUCGCUAUGAUGCCGAACGCGACUGGGACGACAACGAGCUGGUGCUGAGUGCGGAUAUGAUGAAAGUUUGCAUGCUUCCAAUCCUGCCGCACAAGACCUGUCUCUUCACCAGACGCAUCGUGGCGUACAACGAGACAUUCAGCUUGAUCCAGUCUACUGACAAGAGGAGGAGCAGGGCAAACAAGGAGAGAGGCCUGGCGGUGCUUUGGCACGAGGGGGUCUCAGAGCGAAAGGCGGGUGACGUAGCAAGCUCCUAUCUGGCCCUCAUCAAGGCCAACCGAGACACGAAGCAGUUCACCAUCUUCUGCGACAACUGCUCUUCGCAAAAUAAGUGCUGGGUGGUGCUGUCAGUUCUCCUGCAUGCUGUGCAGUCAAGUGACCUGGCUGUUCAGCAAAUCACGCUGAAAUAUCUCACCACCGGACAUACGGCGAUGUCAGCAGACGCCGAUCAUCAAGUCAUAAACAAAAGCAUAAAGCGAAAGAAGUCAAUCGAGGAUUUCAAUGACUUCGUUGAGACUGUCGCAAGCACGGGCCUGCGGGUGAAGAACAUGAGCGGCACAGACUUCGUCGAGGCGGAGAACGUGUUCAGUGAGGCGAAGAUUCGCUUACUCCAGGGCAUAGAGGCACGCCCGUAUCUCCGAGACUUCCAGGUGGUGCAAGUGAGGAAAGGGUCAGGACUGCUCUACACAAAGAGCAGCUUCGACCAGAGUGACUGGAAGACGUACAACCUGCUCAAAGCCAAAGUCAGCAUCGACCGUCCCCUGAAUAUGCGGGAGAAGGAGCGGUGUGUCAACAAGCAGAAGAUCGACCAGCUGUGCGACAACCUGCUCAGCUUGAUCAGCAGCCACAAGCGGUCCUUCUGGGUGACUCUGAAGGAAAACGCCAAGACGAGUGUGCGGGAUCUGAUUGGCUAGGCAGACGAGAAAGCAAUACACAGGCUUGCAGACUCGCAACGCAUCGAGGACCACACAAAUGAUUCAGUUAGUCGCGAAGGACUUGUCGAGUCCGUUUUUCUAUUAUCCCGCAUUCGAUUGCGGUACACGAGUUUCAGUUGUUCGCGGGUGAAUUGUUAGGCCCGUUGUUGUUACCCCGCAUUCGAUUGCGGCACACAACAUUCAGUGGGUCGCGGAUGGAUUUUUAAAUCAAUUUUAUUGUUACCCUGUAUUUGACUGUUCUCUGCCAGUGAGUACUCAGUCUGGCUGUUCUGUGCAAUGACAGCUGUCACUGUGACUGUCACUGUCACUGUGACAGCUCUGACUGUGCAGUGUUUAACCCGCGCCCCGCUGGGCUAUUCAGCCAUACGCGCCCUGCUGGGGGGGGGGGGGGGCAGAUUCUGCCCCCCCUGUCUAACUUCCGAACCAAUGGUCGUAGAAAGACGGGGAAAACGGCAAUCGAAAGCUCUCAACAAGGCGGAUCUUAGGAGCCCAAAUUUUUUUGCUUAAGUAGGUCAGAGGUCAGGUCAAGGUCAGGUCAAGGGUACAAAAUGCAAGUUUCUACAGUAUCGGCCUUGCACCGUAGUUGCCGAAGAAUGGACUGAGACUGAUUGCCCAAAACGUGUUCUUAGACUACCAAGACAUUAUUCGUUGCACACAAUGUCAUUCAAAGGUCAAGGUCAAGGUCAGGUCAGGUCAGGUCAGGUCACCAAAAACAAAAUAUAGAAAAGGGCAUGUGCGACACAUGUUUUAUGGGUCAUUUUACUCAUGGAAUUCAAUAGGCACACUCAAUAAGUGAUAUGGACCACCUCUGGAUGAAUUUCAGGUCGAGGUCAGGUCAAGGUCAGGUCAAGUGAGGUCAAAUUUUGAAGUUGGUUGUUAAGGCCUAAAAAGGUGUCUAUCCGAUGCAGUUUUUCACGGCGAAUCGAAUGGUGCUAUUUUUGUUUCCGUACGAGGUCUAGAACUUCCAAAAAAAAUCAUUUUUCAAAAAUUUUGUGUGUCAUGACGUCAUAAAAUUUUGAAUAACUCCCACAUUUUUGAACCGAUUCUUCUAAAAAUUGGUAUGUAGGUGCACAUAGACCAGUUCUUUGACAUAUAUUCCGGUUUUUUCGAUAAACCCAAAAUUUUGGAUUUUAUAAAUAUUUUCCCAAAAAAGUCAGUUUUUUGGAAAAAUUUUGGCCAAAAUCCAAAAUUUUCAAAAAACUGAGAUAGCCAUUUGAUAGACAAAGUAGAAUCACGUAUAACCUAUUUUGUUACGUCUUGAUUCAUUUAAAAAUGAAGAUGUUAGCGGCGUUUGAAAUUUUGCCGUUUUUGAGGCGAAAAUGGCGAACAUGACGUCACUAAAACGUCAAUUUCUCAAAAAAAUUCCGACGGAUUUCGCUCAAAUUUUCAGGGAGCGUGUCAAAUUGAUGUAUGAUAAGGUACUGAAAGUUUGACGUUGCUGGCGUAACGCGUUUAGAAGUUAUUGGCGAAAAACGGGAGGGGGGGCAGAUUCUGCCCCCCCCCCCCAGCGGGGCGCGGGUUAAUACACAUAUUGUUAUAUUCAAUAUCACCCAAAGUUCACAGCACCCUGUUGUUUUACAGCUGUGCCUGAAUACACGCCAUUGUGUGAUUUUCAAUACAUCUUCAUUCAUUCAUUCA